AUGGCUGCAGAGAGGGCGGAGGAGGCCACUACGCUGGAUUUUGCGCUGGUAGCAGAGGAAACUUUCGACGGUGCCAACUUCUACGAAUUUGAGGCACUGGAUAUUGAUGGUAACAAUGUGUCAAUGGAGAAGUAUAACGGCAAGGUUGUCAUCGUUUCGAACUAUGCUCAGCUGCAAGAAUUGUAUACCCAAUAUGGCAGCCAGGGCCUUAGCAUUCUUGCCUUCCCUUGCAAUCAAUUUCGCAAUCAGGAACCUGGAACCAAUGCUGAAAUUAAGGAAUCUGCUCGAAACAAGUUUGGUCUUACUUUUGACUUUUUCAGCAAAGUCGAUGUCAAUGGUCCUGACGCCUUACCUCUUUUCAAUUACCUCCAAAACGUUCUUGGAGAUACGCCUACAAACGAUAUCAAAUGGAACUUCACCAAGUUCCUCAUCGAUAGGAAUGGCGUUCCUUUUAAGCGCUACGCCCCAAAAUUCGAUCCAAAGGUAAUGCAAAGAUCGUUAUUUCUUUCUCAUAUCUGCCUUUUUGUGCGGUUAAUGGCAGUUUUAUUAACUCAAAGGCAUGCUUUUCCCAACUUCACUUUAUAA